AAACAAAUUACGAUUAACUGAAACUAUAUUACAAAAUCGCAUCGCUCUGUGAAACACUAGUUGUAAACAUUGUCUGGAUUACCGCCCCUGAGCUGGUCUGAAACAAAAUGAGAACCGAUGAAUUAUGGGAAAUGGAAGUGACGACACCGCUCAACAUGACCGCCCAGGGGGAGCCAGACAAGGAGAGAGGCGACGCCAACAACAGCAACACCACGGAGCCCGACAUCAAGACGGUCAGCUUCAAGAAGAAGGUGGCCAUAGUCCUCAGGCAGAAUGCCCUCAUACUGGCCACGAUGGGGGGCAUUGUGCUGGGCAUCAGCCUAGGGAUGGGUCUUCGUGAGCUGGACAUGUCCGAUCAGGCCCUAAUGUGGCUAGGUCUACCUGGAGAACUCUUCCUGCGGUGUCUGAAGGCCACUGUGGUGCCAUUGGUCGUCUGCAUGGUGAUCACAUGUACAGCCACACUUGAUCCCAAGAGUAACGGCAAGAUCGCCGUUGUGGCGACUUUGGGAUUUUUUUUAACACAAGUUUUGGGGACCCUGAUCGCUGUUGUUAUGUUCUACAUUUUUAAACCAGACCCUGGCAAGUUGUCGGAUGGAAAUGAAAGUUUUGACACCAACCUCAACACACAAGACGUCAUCGCCGACCUCCUAAGAAAUAUUUUCCCUGAUAAUGUAGUUGGUGCAGCAAUAUCACAGUCAGUCUCGGUCUACACGAGAAAAGAAGCUCAGCAGCUGGUCAGCAACGGCACGAGCAACUCCACCGUUACCAUGGUAACCAUGGAGAGAUCCAUCGGGAAGUCGGACGGGAUGAACAUCUUAGGGCUGAUUACUGUGUGUGCUGCUAUAGGUAUUGCUGCUAAUAAAAUACUCAGCAUGGAAAGUGAAUUUCUUCGCUUCUUCAAACAGUUUCAGGAUGUAAUUUUUGUCAUCAUACACUGGCUCUUCUGGACAACACCGAUCGGGGUGAUGAGUCUGAUAGCCCAGGCCAUCGCCAGUGUGGACGACAUUGGGGCCGUGUUCCGCAGUCUGGGUCUGCUGGUUGGCGCGGUGGUCGCCGGACUUGCCAUCCACCUCUUCAUCAUCCUACCCGGCAUCCUCUUCAUACUGACCAGGAAGAACCCGUAUGUGUUGAUCCUUCGUUGUGUUCGUCCGUUCUUCAUAGCCUUCGCCGCCACUGCAACAUCUGUAGCCAUGCCUGACAUGAUGACGUCAGCUGACCGGAGUGGAAUCAACCACAAGGUCAGCUCCUUCGUCAUCCCGUUGUCGGUGACGCUCCACGCCGACGGCAGCGCCCUCUACAUCGCCUCCAGCGUCUUGUUUCUGGCCCAGUCCUCGGGUCUCGGCGUGGAAGUGGGGGACGUCGUCAUCACCUGCAUCCUGACUUCAGUGUUGUCCCUAGCUAUCCCGCCUGUUCCCAGUUCGUCCAUCGUCACACUGGUCAUUGUGUUGACAUCUUUGAACUACCCGCUCCAAGGGGUGGCACUCUUGUUUGCUGUUGAGUGGAUUCUUGACAGAUGCAGAUCAGGUGUGAAUGCAGUGAGCCACGUCAUGGUAGCAGCCUACACCAACGCCAUUUGUUCCGUGGAGAAAAAAACAGAAUAUUGCCAGGAAGUUGUCGUCACAUCGGGCCAAACUGAGAAAACUGAAGCCAAAGAAAAUGGGGAGCUUGUCGAGAAAUUAUAGCAACAUGACUGUGUGUCUCAAGGUUAUUUUCAGAUAGUGUAAAAUAGAAAAUAUUCUUCUGUUUGGUCAUAGAAUAUGGGAUAUGUAGUUAUUAUAACAUUUACAAUUUAUGUUAUUAUAAAAAUGGCAUGAAUAUAAGUUAAUUUAUUACUGUAAAGUAUAUAUUUUUGGGUGUGCCUUAAAUUAUGUAUGUUGUGAAUAUUUUUAUGUAAAGAUGAGUAGAGGAGCUGCAAUGUGCCUUGCAAAAUGAUCAUUGUCAUAUGAAGAUACUAUGUACUGUACUAAACUAAAUUAUGGCCACAACUAAAAGACUACUUUUUCUAUAAUUUUCACACACAUCAAAUAAUGCUAUGUAACAUUUCCAUAGACCACAAUCCAUCAAAUUGUAUAGAAUGUCUUAAACUAAUUAAACUCUCUACCCAGAGGCGUAGCGACCCUUCCCGUCGCCCGUGGAUAAACUUUUCGAUUUGCACCCCCCCCCCUUAAGGUUUUGAUUUGCACCCACACCCCCUCAAAUUUUCAAUUUGCACCCUCCUCAACCUUUCAAUUUAUUUUUCCAACCCAUUUUGGCACCCCUUAAGGUCGGCGCCUGGGGACAUAUGUCCGCCCCCCCCCCUCGCUACGCUACUGUCUCUACUGUUGUUUGGCAAACAUCAAAACUUUUGAGAGAAGAUGCUACAGGCAAGGCUGCACUCAGGUGAAGCUAGUGCCCAAUUCUUUUUACCCUCAAAGUAACAAACAAAA